GUUUGCUCAAAUCACGCGCACUGUAUUCCGUUCAGUUUAUACGUAUAUGUAGCUGCUUGUGAUAUUCAAUAUCUAUUGUUUUUUAUACCAUAAUGAAGUGUUUUAGGUUUAUUUUAAGUUUACUCCUUGUUUGCACCAGUUCUUCUGGGAAAGCCAGCAUACAGAAGCGUGGCCUGGUCUUUCCACCAACCAGUCUUUACGGGACAUUCGUGGCUAUAGCCGUGCCCAUAGACAUCCCGGAUAAGAACGUGUUCGUCUCAUACAACUUUGAGUCCAACUACAGUGUGGUUACCAACAUUACUGAGAUCGAUGAAGUCAUAUUCCCUAACCUUCCUGUUAUCAGUUCCCGACAGAGUCGCAGUGUUACCAGAGAGCUAGCCUACACAGUGUUGGAAACGAGAUUUAAGGAACACGGUAUGAACGGCAGGGAAUGUAUGCUGAGGAACAUUUGCGAAGCCGCUGAAACUCCGCUUCACCACAACGGCCUCCUGGGUCACAUCAUGCACAUCAUAUUCACGCCAUCGUCGUCUCGGGAAGAAGGUUUGGACGACGCCUAUUACGAGGCCGAGGCAGACGGCCUGCGAGGCGACUGCGACAAAUACAUCGACGACUGCCCUUUCAGCCUCUUCGACGUCAUCACAAGACUCGUCGAAAUAAGACAUUCCUAACGUCACAAUAUAACUUAAACUUAGACCAUAGAUAAGGAAUAAUAAAUAAUACGUAUAGAACGGCAACCCUCCACUCCCCACCAGCGGCUGAGCUAGGUUUACCUCACCGCCUCGAUCUUACUUAGUCUUCAAUCGUAUGGGCGUCAGACAUCACACACGCAGAUGCGCGUGUACGAUAACAACAAUGUUAAGUGUUUGUGUAAAACAAGGUGUUUUGUAUGAAGUGUCCGGGGUGUGCUUAGGAUUUAAAUACUCAUGAAAAAUUAUAAUAAAAUAAACAUACAAUGUGAUUUGUUCGCUGAUAGAUGGUGGAGUGUACGGAGAGAGUGUUUGGCUUUUUGCGAGACGAUUUAUUAAUGAUUUACUGUUUUGUUUUUUUCUAUUAUUAUUUUUAUUUUUGUGUGAUAGUUUUUUUUUUUAAUUUUGAAAUUGUAAUUUCUUUUAGUGUUUUUUCAUGUUAUUUAUAGUCUUAUUUUUCUUUUUGUUUCUUUUUUUCAUUCAAUGUUUAUUUUUGUUGUAUUAGUUUGUAUAUUGUUUUUCUCGUCAUACAGCGCAUUAGGC